CACAGAGCGCACUUAACGGCACAACAGAGAGAUGCGUGGACACAUCGGAGGUGGAUUUAGACCCGCGCCUGGGCCGGCCAGAAUGAAUAUGGCAAUGCGACCGCCCGGCAUGAGCAUGGGUGGCCCCGGACCAGUGAGGACUGGUAUGGGUGGACCCGGACCAGCGAGGAUUGGUACAGGCGGCCCAGGUCCAGCAAGGGUUGGUAUGGGUGGACCCGGUCCGGUUGGUCCAGGCGGUCCGGGACCUGGUCCAACACGUCCACCGCCCGCAGCCGGACCUACACAAGUGAACGUGAAUGUGAAUGCACCACGACGCCCAGUGGUAAACGAGGUUGUUGUGGUGGGUGGUGCGCCACCGUUACUGCCAGCUGCCGGUAUGAUGUUGGGCGCAUCAAUGGUUGCUGGCGCAGCGAUGGGUGCAGUGGCCGCGUCAGCUAUGAGUGGACCCGUUAUUGUAAAUGCACCACCGCCACCACCAUCGACGGUGAUUGUUAACACGCCGGGCGUACAACAGCCGCAGGGUGCCUCGACUGUGGUGGUGAAUUCAGCGUCAACAGCGGUACCCAGUUCUAAUGUGGUGGUUAAUUCAGGCAUGAGUGCGGCAGCGCCCUCAACGACAGUGGUGAUGGAAGGUGGUGGUCAGAGAAUGCAGCAACAACAGGCAACAACCGUGGUAGUUGAGAAUGGUGGUAUGCAACAGCAACCAACGACCGUCGUAACAGAGACCGUGGUAAUACCACCGAAACGUAAUAAUUGCUGUUGUGUGGUGUUAUGAUGUUGAAUAUGAAGGAAAAGUAGUACUAAGAUAUUUGUUGUGAAGAAAACUGACUUAAAUAUAAUAUAUUUAUUAUGUAUGUGUUGGAUUUAAACAAAUGCUUGAACUUGCUUAA